AUGACGAUGGUUAUGGAAAACCAGAACCGCCCAUAUGGCGGCAUGAGCUUCGAUAAUGUCUAUCACCACACGCCACCACAAUUCACAGACCCUUGGGCCGCCGCGCACACUUCCUCGCACUCGACACCUCCAGUCUAUGCGACUUCCAUGGGAAACGGCGCCAGCAUGCCCAUUGGCGUGAAACAGGAGGAAGUGAACCGCUCCGGCAUGUCCAUGCCAUACCCCAACAUCCCAGUGUCAGCUCCUUCAAUGGUGCCUGGAAGCACCUACGCGACUGCUAGCUACGGCCCAGAGGUAAUGGCAAUGCAACACGAGGUGCCGCGCACCACCUACGACCAGGCCCCCUCCUACACUACAGCUCCUCCUAUGAGCAGCUUCGCGCCUGCCAGCUAUGCGCCCGUUAGCUACGCCCCCAUCCACCCUUCGCCCACGGACGGCCGUCGCAUUUCUCACUCAGAUGCCCGCGUUAAUUCUUCCGCUUCCGCACCCACCUUCGGCGAUGCCCUCGACGCAAGCCGUGGAAUGGUCGCCCUCAGCCAGGACAUGACCCCGCGCAACAUCUACGGCCCCGGCCCUCGCGGUGCGCGCGGCUCAGCAGACUCCUACGGCUUCCCCUCCACCCACUCAUCUACCUCCUCCAUCUCCUCCGGCGGAAACUACCCUUACUACAGCGCCUCCGUGGGCUCUGUCGACUCCUCCGUGACAGACUACAGCUCCACCACCUCCGAGUCAUACGAGUCGCGCACUCUUCCCCGGCCGACCAGCCUUCUGGCCGGCAGUGCUCCCCCAGGGCCCCAAUCCAUGAUGAGCCAAUUCAGCUCUAAGAUGCCCUCAAACACCCAGAAGAAGCACAAAUGCAAGGUCUGCGAUAAGCGCUUCACGCGCCCCUCUUCGUUGCAGACACAUAUGUACAGCCACACCGGAGAGAAGCCAUUUGCGUGUGAUGUUGAAGGCUGCGGGCGGCACUUCUCCGUUGUCUCGAACCUGCGCCGCCACAAGAAAGUCCACAAGGGCGAGAGGGAUGCCGGCGACGACGAAGACGACGAGUAA